AUGUUCAAGUCAGCCGUUUAUUCAAUUUUAGCCGCUUCUUUGGUUAAUGCAGGCACCAUACCUCUCGGAAAACUAUCUGACAUUGAUAAGAUCGGAACACAAAAGGAAAUUUUCCCAUUCUUGGGUGGUUCCGGGCCAUACUACUCUUUCCCUGGUGAUUAUGGUAUUUCUCGUGAAUUGCCGGAAAGUUGUGAAAUGAAACAAGUGCAAAUGGUUGGUAGACACGGUGAAAGAUACCCCACCGUCAGCAAAGCUAAGAGUAUCAUGACAACAUGGUACAAGUUGAGUAACUAUACUGGUGAGUUCAACGGAGCAUUGUCUUUCUUGAACGAUGACUACGAAUUUUUCAUUCGCAACACCAAUAACUUAGAAAUGGAAACCACGCUUGCCAAUUCGGUCGACGUUUUGAACCCAUAUACUGGGGAGAUGAAUGCUAAAAGACAUGCCCGUGAUUUCUUGGCGCAAUAUGGCUACAUGGUCGAAAAUCAAACCAGUUUUGCCGUUUUUACCUCUAACUCGAACAGAUGCCAUGACACCGCCCAGUAUUUCAUUGACGGUUUAGGUGACCAAUUCAACAUCUCCUUGCAAACCAUCAGUGAAGCCGAGUCUGCUGGUGCCAAUACUCUGAGUGCCCAUCAUUCGUGUCCUGCUUGGGACGAUGAUGUCAACGAUGACAUUUUGGAAGAAUACGAUACCAAAUAUUUGAGUGGUAUUGCCAAGAGAUUAAAUAAGGAAAACAAGGGCUUGAACCUGACUUCAAGCGACGCAAAUACCUUUUUUGCAUGGUGUGCAUAUGAAUUGAACGCUAGAGGUUACAGUGACAUCUGCAGCAUCUUUACCAAAGAUGAAUUGGUCCGUUUCUCCUACGGCCAAGACUUGGAAACUUAUUAUCAAACGGGACCAGGUUAUGACGUUGUUAGAUCCGUCGGUGCCAACUUGUUCAAUGCUUCAGUGAAACUACUGAAAGAAAGUGAGGUCCAGGACCAAAAGGUUUGGUUGAGUUUCACCCACGAUACCGAUAUUUUGAACUAUUUGACUACUAUUGGCAUUAUCGAUGACAAAAAUAACCUGACCGCCGAAUACGUUCCAUUCAUGGGCAACACUUUCCACAGAUCCUGGUACGUUCCGCAAGGUGCUCGUGUUUACACUGAAAAGUUCCAGUGUUCCAAUGACACCUAUGUUAGAUACGUCAUCAACGAUGCUGUCGUUCCAAUUGAAACCUGUUCCACUGGCCCAGGGUUCUCUUGUGAAAUAAACGACUUCUACGACUAUGCUGAAAAGAGAGUAGCUGGUACUGAUUUCCUAAAGGUCUGUAACGUCAGCAGCGUCAGUAACUCUACUGAAUUGACCUUUUUCUGGGACUGGAAUACCAAGCAGUACAACGACACUUUAUUAAAACAAUAA